AUGGAAACACAUGGUAGUAUACCUAAUUAUGAAAUUACUAGAGUAAUUGGUUCAGGGGCUUUUGGUAUAUAGUUUUAGUUAAUUAAAAGGCUAUGUUUUUGAAGCAUUUGAUACAAAAAGACGCUAAAAAGUAGCUCUAAAAAGAAUGCAAAAAGUUGGUAAAAUAUCAAGUAGAGAAUGCGAUAUAUUAAUGCAAUUAAAAACAUGUCCUAAUGUUGUUAGAUUGAUAGUAUAUUUAUUGAAAUAUUAAGGAUGUUUUCUACAGCAGAAGUGAAGAUAAUAAAAUGGUUUAAAACAUCAUACUAGAAUUUAUGGAUCAAAAUUUAGAAAAUAUUAUAAUUGAUCAUAGAAAAAGAAAGGAUUACUUUGAUACCAAAACCCUUAAGAACUAUCUAUAUUAAAUGCUAAAAGGCCUUGACUAAAUUCAUAAAAAACAUAUUGCACAUAGAGAUUUAAAACCGUAAAUUUUUUAUUUUAUUAAAAAUAGAGAAAAUGUAUUGAUUCAAGAUGGAACUCUUAAAUUAUGCGAUUUUGGAAGUGCUAAAGAAAUGACAGGAACAACUAUAAAUACACCUUAUAUUGUUUCAAGAUUUUAUAGAGCUCCUGAAUUAUUGUUAGGUGUCACUAAUUAUACUGAAUCUAUUGAUAUUUGGGCUUUUGGAUGUAUAAUGGCUGAAUUAGCAUUAUUGGAACCUUUUUUCAUAGGGAAAUCUGAAGGAGAUUAAUUAUUUUAAAUUCUGAAAAUAAUGGGAUCUUUUACAGAGGAAGAUCUAAAAUAUUUUGAAAAAGUAGUUCCUUUUGAUAUUAAUUUAUUUCAAGAGUUUCCUGAAUACAAAGCUAUAAAUUUGAAUGAUAAGUUUAGUAAUGUAGAGGAUAAAGGGAAUUUUGUAGACUUAUUAAAGUAUAAAUUUAUGUUAUUUAUUAAUAGAAAAUUACUGAAAUAUAUACCUGAAUAAAGACCUACUGCAAGUUAAGCUUUGCAACACUAAUAUUUUAAAGAUUUUAUAGAUUAGUGA